AUGGCGAACAUCAUCGACGUUCCGAAGCCCAGAAUAAACUGUUCCAUGCUCUCACAGUACAUUAACAAGGCCGUGUGCUUUGUAGGGAAAGUAGAAAAGGUCCACCCUUCAGGAAGAACCUUCACUGUUUCAGAUGGAGAAGAAAAGACGGCUACAGUGGAGCUUAACGACCCUCUGGAGGAAGAGCUGAGUGGGGUGGUGGAGAUCAUCGGACUAGUGUCUAACAAAGGAGUCAUCAUGGCCUCUUUAUACAACCUGCUCCGAGAAGAUAAAGGCAACACGUUCGAUUUGCAGCUGUAUAAUGAAGCACUGAAGCUCCUCCAUGACUUCCCCCAGCACUACCCUUAUGAGGCUGCUGCCAGUGGAUAA